UUUGGCUCGGCAACCCUCACGAGGAAGCUACCCCCGUACAGUAUAGCAUCUGUUGUGACGUGGAACGAAGGAUCGAACACUAUGAUGAACCGCAACGACUACAACUAUUCGCCGUCCCAGAUGAUGCACCACCACCAGCAGCAGCGAAGCAUGUACAUGGACAAAGGAUCGCACAACAGUGGCGGCCCCAGCGACUUCCACAUGAUGCCGUCCCACCACAGCACGUCGCACCACACCAACUCCCACCAUAGCGCGUUGCCGCCGCACCAUCAAUCCGCGUCCCAUCACUCGUCGCAUCACUCGUCCUCGCAUCACGCGCCAUCCCAUGGACAUCAUGGUGGCGGUGGCGGAUUGAGCCACCACGGCGACUUCGAUCACGAGCCGUUGGUCUUGAACAACGGACCCCCCCACCACAACUUUUACCAACACAUGAACCAACCAAUGCUGCAUGUAUCGACGGACUUUUCCAACGUUCAAGGCAUGUCGUCGAUGCACAACGGGAGUGACGACAUGGACGACAACAAGAGCCUCAACGGUCAGAAGCGGUCGCGAGAGGAGUUGAACCAAAAGGAAAAAAAGCGCAUGUUCAAGCUCAACGAAACCAUCCACACGCUGAAGAAGGCCUUGGACGAUGCCGGUGUGAGCUGCAAGAAAAACAAGCAAUCGAUCUUGGACAACACGGCGCACUAUAUCUCGAUGCUGCGCAACGACUUGAUUAUCGCCAAGCAGAAGGCCGAGCACGCCGAGCGCAUGUUGCAUUCGAACGGCGGCGGACAAAACAAGGGGUAUGCUCCAUUCGAACGGUACUUUGAGUACUCUAGCACACCGACGUUGAUCAUGUCGAUGGACAUCCAAGUCCUUCGAGCGAACAAGGCGUUCCGCGAAGUCACUGGGUACAGCGAAGAUGCGCUGAAGAACAAGGAAACGCUUCUCUCGUGCCUAAGUGCCGAUAUCGGCCGUGCUCGAACGCUUGUGCACAACGCGAUUGAUUCCCGCAAAACGUUGCGCACCGUGGUGCAAAAUGCGAUUUCAAACGGCCGCGUUACCAGUAGCUUGUCCUUGACGCUGCUCUUCGACCCCCAAGGGAACCCCGAAUGCCUGGAGUGCGUGCUCAUUCCCCUCGAAGAAGAACAGCAGCAGUACGACAUGCUCAAGGAAGACGUGGCGUUGGACGAAGUCAGCAACCUCGUAUGAAAGCACCCUCCCAAUAGAACGACAGCUUAGUAGAGUUUUGAUAUUGCUAUACAAUAUACACCAGUACAAUAGUUUUCCUAAACGAUGUCC